CCCGCCUCUGCUUGGGGAGCCCUCCUGAGUGAGAGGGCGGACCUGCUCCGUCUCCCCUGCAGUCUCACACAGGAAUGGCUCCGUCCCCGAGGAGGCACUGGAGAUCAGCUGGCGCUCUCCGUGCUGCUGGUGCCGCUGCCGGAGGCUCCGCUAAGAUGCCGGCGCUGCCCCCGCAAUGCCUGCUGCUGGUGCUGGGACUGGGACUGGCACCCGGGCUGGUCCGUGGGUCUGGCGGGACGACCAUCGAGCAGCCUGCCAAUGGCACUUCCUUGUCUAUCAUGGGUUUGAUGCCCCUGAGCGAGACGGUGGCAAAGGGAAAUAUCGGCCGAGGCAUCCUGCCAGCGGUGCUCCUGGCUAUCGAUCAGAUCCGCAACGAGUCGCUGCUGCAUCCCUACUUCCUGGACCUGAAGCUUUACGACACAGCGUGUGACAAUGCAAGAGGAUUAAAGUCAUUUUAUGAUGCGAUAAAGUAUGGACCUAAUCACCUGAUGGUUUUUGGUGGAGUAUGUCCUUCAGUAACAUCAAUUAUAGCAGAGUCUCUAAAAGGAUGGAACUUGGUUCAGCUGUCUUUUGCUGCAACAACUCCAGUUUUAGCAGACAAAAAAAAAUAUCCCUACUUUUUCCGGACUGUUCCAUCGGAUAAUGCAGUUAAUCCAGCCAUAGUAAAAUUCCUCAAACACUUCAAAUGGCAAAGAGUAGGAACAUUAACUCAAGACAUACAGCGAUUUUCAGAGGUGAGAAAUGACUUGACAGGAGAACUGGAAGAGUCAGAUAUCCAAAUUGCAGACACUGAGAGUUUCUCCAAUGAUCCCUGCAUCAGUGUGAAAAAACUCAAGGGUAACGAUGUACGGAUAAUUAUUGGCCAGUUUGAUGAACAUAUGGCAGCAAAAGUCUUUUGUUGUGCUUAUAAUGAAGACAUGUAUGGUAGUAAAUAUCAAUGGAUAAUCCCUGGAUGGUAUCAAGCACUAUGGUGGCAGCAGGCCAAUUCAUCUACCUGUUCAAGUAAAAACCUACUGACAGCCAUGGAAGGAUAUGUUGGAGUGGAUUUUGAACCUCUUAGCACAAAAAAUAUCAAAACUAUAUCAGGACGGACUCCACAACAGUAUGAAAAAGAGUACAAUGAAAAGAGAUCGGAUGUGGAGCCCAGUAAAUUUCAUGGUUACGCUUAUGAUGGAAUAUGGGUAAUAGCCAAGACACUACACAGAGCAAUGGAAUAUCUUAAUGCGACCAAUCGGCAUCAAAGCAUUCAGGAUUUUAACUAUACAAACCACAAGCUUGGGAAAAUUUUCCUCGACGCAAUGAAUGAAACAAACUUCUUUGGAGUAACAGGGCAAGUUGUAUUUAGAAAUGGAGAAAGAAUGGGCACAAUCAAAUUUACCCAGUUUCAAGAUGGUAAAGAAGUGAAGGUGGGCGAAUACAAUGCAGUAGCUGACAGCCUUGAACUGAUCAACGAUACAAUUAGAUUUCAAGGGUUAGAGCCUCCAAAAGACCAAACUUUCAUUCGAAUGGAGCGACGUCAGAUCUACUUGCCACUUUACAGUAUUCUUUCUGCCAUAACGAUUAUUGGAAUGAUUAUGGCCAGUACAUUUUUAUUUUUUAACAUCAAAAACAGGAAUCAAAAAUUAAUAAAGAUGUCUAGUCCUUAUAUGAACAACCUUAUUAUCCUUGGAGGAAUGCUUUCCUACGCAUCUAUAUUUCUAUUUGGCCUUGACGGAUCAUUUGUAUCAGCAAAAACAUUCGAAACUUUGUGCACGGUGAGAACAUGGAUUUUAACUGUAGGCUACACAACAGCUUUUGGGGCAAUGUUUGCAAAAACAUGGAGAGUUCAUGCCAUUUUUAAGAAUGUAAAGAUGAAGAAAAAGAUCAUAAAGGAUCAGAAGCUACUGGUAAUAGUUGGUGGAAUGCUUUUGAUUGAUCUAUGUAUUUUGAUUUCCUGGCAAAUAGUUGAUCCUUUAAAAAGGACAGUUGAAGAAUAUAACCUAGAGCCGGAUCCUGCAGGGAGAGACAUUGCCAUUCUUCCAUUUCUGGAGCACUGUGAGAACACUCACAUGACCAUUUGGCUUGGAAUUGUCUAUGCCUAUAAAGGGCUUCUUAUGUUGUUUGGUUGUUUUUUGGCCUGGGAGACUCGAAAUGUAAGCAUUCCAGCACUAAAUGACAGCAAGUAUAUAGGAAUGAGUGUGUACAACGUUGGCAUUAUGUGUAUUAUAGGAGCAGCAGUCUCCUUUCUCACCAAAGACCAACCCAACGUCCAGUUCUGUAUUGUGGCUUUAGUCAUCAUAUUCUGCAGUACCAUCACACUCUGUCUAGUUUUUGUGCCAAAGUUAUUAACUCUAAGGGCGAAUCCCGAUGUAGCAACACAAAACAGAAGAUUUCAGUUCACACACAAUCAAAAAAAAGAAGAUUCCAAGACAUCGACAUCAGUCACCAGUGUAAAUCAAGCCAGCACAUCCCGACUAGAAGGACUGCAGUCGGAAAAUCAUCGAUUACGGAUGAAAAUCACAGAGCUGGAUAAAGAUCUUGAGGAGGUUACAAUGCAACUUCAAGAUACUCCAGAGAAAACAACCUAUAUCAAACAGAACCACUACCAGGAUUUGAAUGAUAUACUCAGUAUACGAAACUUCACAGAAAACAAAGAUGGCGAGAAAGCAGUUUUAAAAAAUCACCACGAUCAAAAUAUGACUCCACAGUGGAACACUAUAGAAUCAUCCAGAACGAGCAAAGACACUAUAGAAGAUAUUAACUCACCAGAGCAUAUACAGCGACGGCUAUCGUUACAACUGCCCAUUCUCCACCAUGCCUACUUGCCAUCAAUAGGUGGCGUGGAUGCAAGCUGUGCCAGUCCGUGUGUAAGCCCUAGUGCCAGCCCCCGGCACAGACAUGUGCAGCCUUCCUUCCAAGUCAUGGUCUCUGGCCUGUAG